UAGCUCUGACAAGUCAAAAGAUGGACAACGGUUGCCUUCCAAAUAUUUUUAGCCUCAAUUCCCAUCAACCCUAAGUGACACAGCCAACCAUCAGUGACUAUAAGAGCUGAAGCCCAACCCUUCCUUCCAUGAUCAGCCCCACUACUUUUUGAAACGCAGCCUCUUACCUGUAUUCUGAUCCAUUUGGAUGCACUUCGGCAAAGAAGACCCAACACAAGCCUGACCUAUGUGACCACAGGAGAUACAGAGACCAUAUCCCUUGCGUCACAAUGUCUAGGUGAGGUCAUGGAAUACUUGAGAUGAAAUUAAAGUGACAUGAUCCCAGGAAGGGGCAGACAGCAUGUAUAACACACAGGCAAUAUCACAGACUUGGAAAUGGAGUCUUCCUAAUCGGAAAAAAAUAUCAUUGCCUGCUAACACCACAAAAAUAGUUGCAAUUGGAUGGCUCGGAUAAAGAGUUUGUUUUAAAAGGUUUUGAAAGAGAGUACUUCAUAUAACUGAUAACAUAAUAAGAAAAAAGAAGAAUCAAGUAACAGAUUGCCUGGUCCCUUCAAGACAACAUGGACUAUUUAAACUUUGACUAUGAAGAAGAUGAAGAUGAGAAUGCCGAGAUGUCAGAAGGCACUGUAUCUGUAGAGAUACAAUCUCUCACCGAAGCCACUGACACUGCAGAGGAGAAGCCAAGGGAAGAUAGUUCUGACACAGACCUUGAGAUAGAAGAUCCCGAGCGUUCAUUUGCAACCAUAAAGGGCCCAGAGCUAUACCUAGAAGCUUGCAAACUGGUGGGAGUAGUUCCUGUCUCAUAUUUCAUUCGGAACAUGGAAGAGCCUGUCAUGAACCUUAACCAUCAUGGGAUUGGGCCCAAAGGAACCAAAGCUCUUGCCAUUGCCCUGGUUUCAAACACAACUAUCACUCACUUAGAGCUGGAAGAUAACUGGAUUCUGGGUGAAGGGACCACGUACCUAGUACAGAUGCUGCGUGAAAACUGCUACAUUCAGGAGAUGAAUAUUUCCAAUAAUCACCUCAACACAGAUGGAGCCGAAGCUAUCUGCAGGAUGUUCUACCAUAAUACUUCUAAUAUCAGGGCUAUUCAGCUUGCAGGAAACAACUUUAGGGAAGAGUCAGCACAAUAUUUUUCUGAAUCAUUAAUGGUCAAUUAUCGAGUGAUAGAACUGGACCUCAGUCACAAUGAGUUUUUUGAGAAGGCAGGAGAACAGCUGGGACAGAUGCUGGCAAACAAUGAAGCACUGGAGGUCCUCAACCUGAGCUGGAAUCAUUUGAGGAUGAAGGGGGCUGUCGCCCUGAGUGCUGGCCUCAGGGCAAAUGGAACAUUAAGGGUACUUAACGUUGCGUGGAAUGGCUUUGGAAAUGAAGGUGCUUUUGCUCUCGGAGAAGCUCUCAAGGUCAACACAUCAUUAAAUGAACUGGAUAUCACCAGCAACCACAUCAACAACGAGGGGGCUAUAAAGCUGUCCAAAGGACUGGAACUUAAUGGAAGUCUUAGAAUCCUGAAGAUUUCUCAUAACCCCAUAACAGUAGAAGGUGCAUUUGCUCUGGUCAUGGCAGUUAAGAGGAAUUCAAAAUCCAGAAUGGAAGAAAUCAACAUCUCAAAUGUUCUGGUGAGCAACAGCUUCAUCAGACUGCUUGAUUCAGUCGCAGAGGCACAUCCCGAGCUGGAUGUCAUCUAUGGAGGAGUUGGAGGCCACAUUGCAAAGAAACCACUACAGCGUCCUGAUGCGAUGAAGCUGAUUCAAUACUACUUGGAUUCAAACAAGCUGAGACUCUGGGAUUUCUUUAAGAAUAUGGACAAAUAUGGCAACAUGAAGAUCCCCGUGGCAGAGUUUCGGAGAGCUAUGUUGUGGCAAUCAAAGAUUCCCCUGAACCGGGAACAGGUCACAGAACUAGUACGCAAACUGGAUCGUGGCAGGACAGGCUACGUGGACUACAGUCAUUUUAAAGUUGAGGAGCCAGAGCCGAAGCCUAAAGAGGAGGAGGAGGAAGAAGAAGAAGUGUAAUGAGGUCCAGCAGUCAGGUCAGCUGGUGAAAGAUGGAAGGAUAGUCCUGGCAGGAAGCUAAGACAAUACACUCUGGGUUGGGACUAAGUCCUGCUGCAGAGAAGCUUUUGGAUGGUUGAGGUUUUGACUUUAGAAAAUAAACUAUGCUACAGUA